GAAGGGGGAGGGCGAAGAGGCAGGAGUGGGCGCAGCUUAGCAGGGAGCGAAGCUCAGAGGGAUGAGACUAGGCCCAGGAGAGGGGAUAUCCGUGGAGGGUCCGGACUACAGAAGAGGCGCUGGGCAAGUCUAGAAACUAGGGGGUUCUGAGAGGGAACUGGGGUGGCAAGGAGCGGGCACACUCAGAGAAGCUGGAGUCAUUUUUUUGGAGGGGACACAGUUGGCACCGGGCAGGUUCUGUUUAGAGCACCCCCUCCCUCUCCCCAGGGUCCAUGCUUUUCAUCACAGCGACCGGAAAAUUUGGGGCAGAAUCUGGGUUUCCAGCGAGGUCUCUGACCAUCUUCAGGCUGUGUCAUGAAAAGAUCCAUUCUCUUGGAACUGUGGUUGGCAGUGGUGACCUACGUGGUGAUAGGGGCCGCGAUCUUCAGGUUCCUGGAGCUGCCAAAGGAAAAGGAGAUGCAAACCAUUAUGAAAGAGACCCGGGAAAAGUUCCUCCGGUUGCACCCCUGUGUUAGCCGCUCAUCAUUCCGGGUUCUUGUACAGAAUGUGGUCACCUCUGUGACUGUAGGUAUGGACCCUGGGGCCUACUUCACCAACAAGACCCGAUCAACCUGGACCACAGAGGGUGCCAUCUUCUUCGCAGGCAGCCUUGUCACCACCAUCGGCUAUGGGAACGUGAUCCUGCUCUCAGAUGAGGGUCGCAUUUUCUGCGUCUUCUUUAUGGUGUUGGGGAUCCCACUGUACGGGAUGCUGUUGACGAGCACUGGUGAACACGUUGGCACGAGCCUGCAGAAAAGAAUCGACUACGUGGAGCAUUUCUUAAGCAGGAGGCAGUUGUGUGGCACCCAGUUGGUGCGCUUCCUCGCCUCCGUAUUGUUCCUUGGGAUCGGCUUUUUGUUCUUUGUGGCGCUGCCGGUGAUGGCGUUCAUCUCCCUCGAGAACUGGUCUGAGGUGGAGUCCUUCUUCUAUGUCAUAGUGACACUCACCACCGUGGGCUUCGGGGACUUUGUACCCGGCACGAACCCGGUGAAUACUUUCUGGGGCUACCAAUACCUCGUCUUGCUCUGGAUCAUUCUCGCUCUCUUCUACUUUGCCUCCAUCAUCACCAUGAUUGGGAAUUGGAUCAAGCAAGAGAUGAACAAUUUGGAGGAGGUAGAGGACCCCUCCCCGCCCCCCAAGGAGGACCUUAAGGGGAGGGCAAACGAACCUCCUAGGAGGUUCCCUGGGGGAACACCAAUAAUGCCUGCCCCAUCGACUAUGACUGCCCCAUCUAAGACCACCCCGUCUAUCUCCACAGCCCAAGUGAAAGGCAACUGAGAGCAGGGCAGAGAUUCUC